CUGAUACUCUGUUUUCUGUCACCUCCUGUGGAUCCUUGGUUCUGGUUUCUUUCUCCUUGGCCAGUUUGAAGAUAGAGAAACAUCUCUCAAAGCGGUCUAUGUUGGAGGCAGGCCGACCUGGACCGUCUUUGGACUCUAGUCUUGUGUCCGUCCGGUGCAUCCUGCGCACGCGGCUCGUCUUCCCCUACGACCAGGACAGCAACGCUUCAGCUGAACGGCGGCGGCGGUCAAGUGUAGCAGGAGGCCCGGCGCUGUGGAGGCUCCGAUGGCCGGUUCAAGGAGCGGAGCUGGAGCUAGCGGAGGCCGGCGGACCGGACAACCGACAGAAGUCACGCUCUUCACGCUGCUGUUGGCGCUUCUCACCUGCUGCGUCAGGUGUGCGGAGAGCAGCAAACCCAACAUCAUCCUCGUGCUAGUCGACGAUCAGGAUGUUCAGCUCGGAGGGAUGACACCUAUGAAGAAAACGAAAGCUUUAAUCGGAGACACAGGAGCAACGUUUGUGAACGCUUUUACAGUCACGCCGCUGUGCUGCCCCAGCAGGAGCAGCAUUUUGACAGGUCGGUACCCCCACAACCACGAGGUGCGGAACAACUCCCUGUCCGGGAACUGCUCCAGCACUCUGUGGCAGAACGGGCCUGAAUCCCAGGCUUUCCCACUCUACCUCAGCAAACAGAAAUACCAGACGUUCUUCGCUGGGAAAUAUCUGAACCAGUAUGGUAAAAAAGAUGCCGGAGACGUCGGCCACGUCCCCCCUGGCUGGGACCAGUGGCAUGCACUGGUGGGAAACUCCCAGUACUACAACUACACACUUUCUGUGAACGGAAAAGAGGAAAAGCACAGCGACCGCUAUGAGGAAGACUACCUGACGGACCUCAUACUGAACCGGUCCCUUCACUUCCUGGACGACAGGAGCCCUCAGCAUCCGUUCUUCAUAAUGUUGUCACCUCCAGCUCCUCAUUCCCCGUGGACAGCAGCACCUCAGUACCAGAAAGAGUUCAGCAAUGUUCAAGCCCCUCGAGAUGGCAGCUUUGACAAGCCAGGGAAGGACAAACACUGGCUGCUGCGUCAACCUGUCAACCCCAUGCCAAAUAGUUCCCUCACAUUCCUGGACAAUGCAUACAGGAGAAGGUGGCAGACGCUGUUAUCUGUGGACGACAUGGUCGAGAUGCUGGUGAAGAAACUCGACAGCAUACAAGAGCUAAACAACACCUACAUCUUCUACACGUCAGACAACGGCUAUCACACAGGUCAGUUCUCGCUGCCCAUCGAUAAAAGGCAGCUGUACGAGUUUGACAUCAGGAUCCCACUCCUGGUCCGCGGCCCCGGCAUCAACCCGAACCAGAAGCUGCAGGCGCCGGUGUUGAAUAUUGACCUGGCUCCUACCAUACUGGACAUAUCUGGUGUCAAUCUGUCCACUGUGAAUAUGGACGGGCAGUCUUUCCUUUCUCAGAUGGCCCCGUCUCUGCGGAAUGGCACAGCACGGCCAUUUUUCCUCGUUGAAUACACAGGAGAGGGUAAUCCGACUACAGACCCUGCUUGUCCUAAACUGGGCCCUGGACUUUCUCAAUGUUUCCCAGACUGUGUGUGCGAGGAUGCUUACAACAACACCUACGCCUGCGUCAGGACCCUCGAUGGCAAACAGGACCUGCAGUACUGCGAGUUUGCAGACAGCGAGUCAUUCGUAGAGAUGUACAACCUGACGUCAGACCCAAACCAGCUGGAGAACAUUGUGAAGAAGGUGGAUCCGUCUGUCCUGCAGGCCAUGAACCAGCGGCUCAUAAAGCUCCAGUCCUGCGCGGGUAGCAGCUGCCGUGACGUUAUGUGAGGUGGAGGCCGACGGAGAAGCUGCCGGUCACAAACCAAACCAGGGCAGGGUGGGGUCAGUCUCUGAGCUUUUACCACAAGCAGACAGACGGACAUUUUCACUUGUUUCAGAAAGAAAAAACAUGUAGCUGCUCUGGUUUUCAGAUCUUGUUUAACCUGCAUAUAAACUUUAAGAUAAAAUGAUGAAUCACAGAAUGGUUUCUCCUCCUGAAGUUUUUCUGCAGACUCUCAGCUGCAGAAAUGUUUUACUUCAUUAAUAUUUGCACUUUUUUCUUUUUGGACAAGUCAAAAUGUCUCUUUCUGAGUUGUGCUCAUUCUAAUCUUUUGUUUUUAAAAUACCCAUGCUGUGAUUUUUUUCUACUUGUGAACUGCACUAUUACACCAAAUGUUCAGGUCAGAUAAGGAGUUUUUUUUUCUCUCUUAAAAACACAACCAAAGGUUUCCUGGUACACUGUUGCUGAUCUGAUCUGUAUUUGAUGAGAAGAUUUAUGCCUCUUCUGCUUGUCUGCUCCUCAUGAAUCCACAUGCAGCUGGUUAGCUUGCACACAUAUGGCUAUGACAACUGGUUGGAAUUAAUUUUUGGGUUAAAAAUCUGCAUAUUGAUGCUUAUACUAACAGUCUUAUAGCCAAACUCAUCAAAACAUUUUCCAAACUGUUUCUGUGCAGAGGACAGUUCUGUUUUCAUGAGUAUUUUUCUCUCUGCAGCACUUGGUGAAAGGGAAAAAGACAACCAGAAGUCUUUAAGUGGGCAUGCUGUCCCCUUGCUCUGUAUUUGCUCAAAUGUGAAGAAUGUUGUGUAGCCUGAUCUUUAUCAUCAUAUUUUAUUAGUACACUUGAUUACUUUUGCAAAGAGCGUCAAACCUGGAGGAUGUGCUGUGAUGUUUGUAUUGUUUUUUAAUUGUCACAAAUCUAAAAGGGACUUUUUAUAAGGAUAUAUUUCAGAUGAUCACUUUAAUCCUGUGCGCCUUGUGCUGCACUGAAGAGGUGCACGUGCCUUAAAUGUGAAUUAAUUUGCACUCUGAUGAAACUGAUGAUAAAUAAAGCAUUUAAACAUGA